GUGGUAAGGUUUAAUGUCGGCUAAAAGGACCGUUAGAGCCGCUGAGUGUGACAGACGGCUUUGGGAGAGUGAAGCUGCUUUGUGUAGAAAUUUAAUGUAAAACUCUUUUCCUUUUUUUAAAAAAAAAACUAUUUUGUUUACUUCUUAUGGAAUGAGACACGUUUUUGUAGUAAAGAAUUAUUUUUAUACGGUUUAAUCCGAGACGAGGAGAAUUCUGGGCUGGAUACCAGGACGGCGGAGCUGAUUGGUGAAGUGAUCCUGCCAUGCGUGAAUACAAGCUUGUGGUGUUGGGCUCUGGAGGUGUGGGCAAGUCCGCACUGACAGUACAGUUUGUCCAGGGCAUCUUCGUCGAGAAGUAUGAUCCCACAAUAGAAGACUCCUACCGAAAGCAAGUGGAAGUGGACGGGCAGCAGUGCAUGCUGGAGAUUCUGGACACAGCCGGCACAGAGCAGUUCACGGCGAUGAGAGACCUGUACAUGAAGAACGGCCAGGGCUUCGCUCUCGUCUACUCCAUCACAGCGCAGUCCACGUUUAACGACCUGGCGGAUCUCAGAGAACAGAUCCUGCGAGUAAAGGAUACAGAAGAUGUGCCGAUGAUACUGGUUGGUAACAAGUGCGAUCUGGAGGACGAGCGAGUGGUGGGAAAGGAGCAGGGACAGAAUCUGGCUCGGCAGUGGAACCACUGUGCCUUUUUAGAGUCCUCUGCAAAAUCGAAGAUCAACGUCCUCGACAUCUUCUAUGACUUGGUCAGACAGAUCAAUAGAAAAACACCAGUGGAAAAGAAGAAAGCGAAGAAGAAAUCCAACUGUGUGCUCCUGUAGUGUCUCCUCCUCCCUACAGCACCUCGGAGCCAGAACGCUGUAAUGAAGAACCCCGUUGCCCUGUUUGGAAGGGUUUUGCCAUCCUCGGCGAGCGAAUCUACAGAUCCCGCCGACAAACUUCGAAAUCACGUGGAGUCAAUUUUUUUUUUUUUUUUUUUUUUUUUUUUUUUUGGGAGUCAAGCUCAUUUUUCAGUAUUCCUCAGGAACACUGAGCAUGAUAUCUUCCACACAAUACAAAUCCAACAAUAAACACACUUUCAUGUCACUUUAACCAGACAACCACCAGAACCGAUUCCAUCACCCACAAAAGACUUGGUAUUUAAAAAGUAAGGACGUUUUAUGAGGAAAAGGCUGCACCCUCCGACAGCAUCAAGAAAAGAACAAUGUUUAGAGGGAUUUGGAAGUAAAUGUAUAACUGUGACCCAUAAUUUGAACUAACAUUUCAGUACCUAAAGAUUUAACUCCUAUUUUUUUAUUUUAAACUGUCUUUAAGAAGAGUUCUAAUUUCCGGUUACAUUUCAGGAACUAAUCACGUUCUUCUUCUCCUUCUUAUUAUUAAUAUUAUUUUAUUCUCAGCAUCAGCAUGAGCACAUGAUGUAGAUGUUGUAAAUGAAAUGAAGUUCAAGUGUCGACUCUUUUGAAGUAUUUCAUUCACAAAGCCAUUCGUGUUCGAGUUUAUAUACGAAGGUUCGUAAGCUGUACGUAAUUACACACCGUCUCCCUUUUUAUUCAUAAGGACCUGAGCCUUGACCCCUGACCUGUGACUGUUUUGUACUCUAGUCACUCAGCUUUCGUAGCUUCUUCCUUAAACAUAUCCUAAUAUUCUAUUUUUCGGACGUGUGAGACGUUGCACCUUUUUUAUAGACAGGGGAACAAUGGGUAAACUACCAGACGGAUUUGUAGGUCUUCUGAGUUUUAAAUAUAUUGUGCUAUAUCUCCUUUAUUCCUUCUCAUGUAUUUCUGUCAGAAGUUGUUCUGGCUUUUAAGGUUGAUUAAAUUUUAGUAUGUUUUCACUGUA